AUGUAAUAAGCUGUAAACUCUUAAUAAAAGAAGUUAAUUCUUUUCCAAAAGGCUAUAUAUAACUCAUAUAACACCAAGUUUUAAUCUCAAAAUAAUAAAUCUAUUUAAAAGUUUAAUUAGUAUCAUAAUAAACGAGCAAUAAAAAUGAAAUUUACAAAAGAAAUUUAUAAGGGAUAUGUUUAACUUAAAAGAAAAAGGUUUUGGGUAACAAGGCAUUUAAUACUUUAUGAAGAUAGAUUAGCCUAUACUGAAAGCGAAAGCGAUAUUGAAGUAAGAGGAGAAUAUUACUUAAUGUCAAUCGAAUUCAAUGAAUUAGAUGGUAAAGAAUCAAAGUUGAUAUAAAUGAUAAAAAAAGAUAAUAGAGAAGUUUUACUAAUUGAUGCAGGAAGUUAGCAUAAAAAAUGGAUAUAAAAAAUAUAAAUGACUAGACAAAGGCUUUUAUAGUAAAGAGGAUUGCCAUCUGAAGAUUUAUAAGCAUCAUCAUCAUUAAGUAGAGUUCAGUAGUCUCGUGAUACGCUAAGCUAAAAAGAAAAUAAAUCAUAAGAAGAUGAGUCAGAAACUUGGGAUACAAAUAGGAUGAAUAAACCUGAGUUUGUUAUUAAAGAUCCUUCAUUAAAGGCUUUUAAUUAUAAUAGAGGGUAUUACAUUAUAGAUAAAAAUUUAGUGCCUGAGCACUAAAAUAACUCAUUAAUUUAGGAAGGUUUUGGUGUUCUCUCUUCUGUGGAUUCAGAUUCAAAGUACUUGAUUUCAGCAGGUUCCAAUUUUUUAGUUUAUUAGCUUGGUAAAUACUCUCAAGCAAAAUUAGACUUAUUUAAGUAAGUUCAAAAAGGUUUUUUGCUUUUAAGAAAUGUGAUAGUUGAAUAAUUUAUUUGGAAGCUGAUAUCUUUGUUAGGAAUAUAUUUUCUAUUUUAUUUUGAAAUGCUAGGUGCUUUCUAUGUAUCCUUAAUAGCUUUCUAUGUCAUCUUUUUUAGGGGAUAAGUUUACUAAAUUAUGAAUAGAAUCUAAUUAAAUGACUAUGAUUUUUAUAUAAACGGUUACUUUAAAACUAACAUUAAUGAAUUUUUGAAAUAUGUCAAAUCUAAUUAAGAUAUUUAAUGCACCAUGACUUACUAAGAUAAAAAGGUUUUCAUGAAACUUAAAAAUAAACAAACUAAGCUAAGUCUCACAAUCGUUUGUUUUCUAUCUAUUUUUGAUUAUGAUGGGUUCACUAUUCAUACUCUCUGCAGAGGAUCUAAAACAAGCUAUUUAUAGUCUAUUUAAUUCUUUGAGCAAUCACUUCUAGAAAUAAAGAGAAUGAGAAAAAAUACUACCAGCAUACUAUAUUAAUACCAUUAGCAAUACUAAGAUACUAUAUUCAAAAACACUCAUACUUCAACAAAAUAUAUUAAUAUGAAUAAAAUAGAAGCAUAAGCAAAUUAAAAUUAGAAUUAAAUUUAAGAUAAACCAUUUUAAUAAAAAAAUGUGUAGAAUUUGAACAUAGAUGAAUAAAAAAAUUAAGUUAAUGAAUAAGUUUAAAAAUAAAAACCAUAAGAAUAAGUAAAUCCAAUUACUUAAAUACAAAGCCCGCCUGCUAUAAGUGGAUAAGAAUAGGUUUACAAAAAUUAACUAUCAGAUUUAGCUGAAUAAAUGAUUAGCCUAUCCUAAUUAAAUGCUUAAAAUAAUUGGGAAUUAAUAGAUAAAGAUAAGUUUAUACAAGUUCACAGGAAAUUUAAUGAAGAAAAAGGACUUGUUUAUUGCAGAGGAGAAUGUAAAAUAUAAACCAGUGUAGAUGAAUUAGUUUCAUUCUUGUUUGAUAUUUAAAAUUAAAAACACUAUAACAGUUACUUUGACUAUGGUGAAGAUGUUGAAGUAUUUACAAAUGAUAUGAAAAUCAUAUAUUCUAUAACAAAAAAAAUAGUUAUUAUCAGUCCUAGAGAUGUCUUGGCACUGCAAGGAAUAGUCAGAAUAGGAAACGAUACACUUAUUUGCUGCUAGAGUAUUUAUGAUAGAUAAAGACAACCUCAUAAGAAGGAUGCAGUUAGAGUUGAUUUGUUUAUAGGUGGAUUUUUGAUUUAGCCUAUUUCUAGUACUGAAGUUAAUUGCAUUUAUGUUGUCUGUUCUGAUCCAAAGGGAAAAAUCCCAUAAUAUAUCAAAAAUAUGGGAAUGAAAGAUUAGGCAUACACUCCUAAUUUAAUUAGAAAAUAUUUUGAUAAGAAAAAGAAAGAAAUAAAAUGA